UCCAAAGUAUUUCAAGACUUAAGACUUGAUGUGAUGCUGACAGUCUGACACGUAAAUGAAAAUUUGUAUCAAUACUCCAAUAAACAUCAUUGCAAAAUUGACAAACUAAUUUCAAUUAAGCCAGAUUUAAUUAUUCAAAGUGGAAAUGGAUUUGAAGUUGGAAGAAGAUAGCAAUACAAAACAAAAAAUAAGUAAAUCUCGUGCUCGUCAUCUUCGUCGUAAACGUUUAACAAUUGCACGUAGAACAAUUGAAACAGAUUCAAGUUCUGAUACAGCAAUAAGGAAAGAAUUAAAAGUUAAAACAACAACAGAUGAUAAUAUUGUAAUAGAUUCUAAUUCAACAAGUAAAGAUUCACGUACUGAGAGUGAAAAUAAUCAUCAAUUGGUAAUUAAAAGUGUUAAAAAUCAACGUAAUCAAUCAGAGUUAAUUAAAAGCAAUAUAUCAUUGUAUAAAAAUGACUUUAUAGCUGAUUGUUCACAUAAUAAUAUAUUGAUAAAUUGUAUUGAUAAAGUAAAAAUGAAUAAUACAGAUGAAAAAUCUCGUGAGCUUGUUAAAGCUGAACGUGAAGCUAAAAAAGCAGCAAAAGCAGCAGCUAAAAAUAAGGGAAAAAAUAUAAAACAAAAUGAUGAAUCAAUAAAGACUUGUACUAGUGUUGAAAAAAAAAUUGAAGCUCAAGUAUCAAAAGAUAACAAUGUAUCAGCACUUGUUGAUAAUUUAUCUAAAGUAAAAAUUGAAAAUUCAGAAGUAAAAAAAGAACAAAGUGACAAAAAUGAUGGUAAAAGUAAAGCUGAAUUAAAAGCUGAAAGACGAGCUAAACAAGAAGCUCAAAGAGCAUUAAAAGCAGAACAAGAAAAACAAAAAUUAGCACAAAAAUUAGAAGCAUCAGCUGGUGGUGAUGUUGUUGCUGUAUCAAAAAAAUCAGAUGAUUUAAAAAGUAAAACAGCUGAUAGCAAAGACAUUAAAAAGAUAUCACAAAAAUUAAUAGCCAAUAAAAGUAAUGAACAUGAAAUAAGUUUAUUCAAACAUUUAUAUCAAGAACGUGAACAAGCAUAUCAUGGUAAACCAUCAGUAAAUUCAAAUAUUCAUCCAGCAAUUAUUCGUCUAGGUGUACAGUAUGAAAAAAAAAUUAUUGUUGGUAGUAAUGCAAGAUGUAUUGCAUUUUUAGCUGCAAUUAAAGAACUCAUUAAAGAUUUUGAACGACCAAGUCAAGCUGAUUUUACACGAGGAUUAGAAACAAGUUUUCAAGAAUCAUUAUCAUAUUUACAUAAUUGUCGUCCACUUGCUGUGUCAAUGCAAAAUGCAUUGAAACAUUUAAAAUGGAAAAUGGCACAAUUUCCAUCAACAAUAUCAGACAAUGAUGCUAAAAUUAAUUUAAUAACAACAAUUGAUACGUAUAUUCAAGAACAAAUAUUUUUGGCUGAUCAAGCAAUAUCAAAUAGAAUACAAACAAAAAUAACAAAUGAUGAUGUUAUAUUAACAUAUGGCUACUCUUCAUUGAUACAAAAAAUUCUAACAGAUGCACAUAAGGAAAAAAUUAAAUUUCGAGUUGUUGUUGUUGAUGGAAGACCAUGGCUUGAAGGAAAAGAAUUAAUUAGAAGAUUAUCAAAAAUUGGAAUUGAAUGUUCAUAUGUUUUAAUAAAUGCCCUGAGUUUUAUAAUGCCUGAGGUUAAUAAAGUAUUUCUUGGUGCUCAUGCAAUAUUAGCAAAUGGAGCUGUUAUGUCACGUGCUGGAACAGCUCAAGUUGCAUUAAUGGCAAAAGCAUUUAAUGUACCAGUUUUAGUUGCAUGUGGUACUCAUAAAUCAUGUGAACGUGUACAAACUGAUUCAAUUGUUUACAAUGAAAUUGGUGAUGCUGAUGAGCUAACUAAAACAAUGAAUCACAGUAAAAAAAGUAUAUUAAAUAAUUGGAGAGCUAAAAAAUAUUUAAAUCUUUUAAAUAUAACUUAUGAUGUUACACCAGCUGAUCUUGUUACAGCUGUUGUUACUGAACUUGCUAUUUUACCAUGCACCAGUGUGCCAGUUAUAUUACGUAUAAAACCAUCAGAAAUUUAAUUAAAUUUUUACUAUCCUGACUAUAUACAACGAUUAUAAUAUUAAUUGACAAGUGAUUAGAUAAAUAUUUGUACCAAGUAUUUUUUUAUCUAUACUCAUUUCAUUUAUUAUUUUUUAAAUAUAUAUAUUACAAUUAUAUAUUUUUGUUUUUUAUUUGUUUAUAAAUUGACCAUGUACUGUUUAAUAAACAAUUUAUUUAAAUCUCAAAAAACA